GGCCCCGGGAACCUUGGGCAGAGGCGGAGCCGCGGGAGCCCGAGCCCGGGCGCGCGGCUCUUGGAGCGCACCGUCCCGGCGGAGCACCGCCUCAGCUUGCCUUCCGUGCGGAGCGGGGAGAAGGGCCGGUGCUGAAGAGAGCGAGGGUCCCGAGCUCCAAUCCUUCCUCCAGAGCUGCUGGGCUGCCUGCUGCCCCUGCCGCCCCAGGGGACUCGGCUUCCCCCGCGCCACCUGCGUCCCGGUUGCGCCAUGGAUCCUUCGGAGAAGAAGAUAUCCGUGUGGAUCUGCCAGGAGGAGAAACUGGUGUCCGGCCUCUCCCGCCGCACCACUUGUUCGGACGUAGUGCGGGUGCUCUUGGAGGAUGGCUGCCGGCGGCGACGGCGGCAGCGGAGGAGCCGGCGGCGGGGGGCGGCAGGCGACCCGCCAGGCCCAGGGGAGCUGCCGGAACCCCUCGACGAGGACGACGAGGACGACGACGAUGAGGCGCUGCCCCAGGGCAUGCUGUGCGGGCCCCCGCAGUGCUAUUGCAUUGUGGAGAAGUGGCGGGGCUUUGAGCGCAUCUUGCCCAACAAGACGCGCAUCUUGCGCCUCUGGGCCGCCUGGGGCGAAGAGCAAGAGAACGUACGCUUCGUGCUGGUGCGCAGCGAGGCGUCGCUGCCCAACGCAGGUCCCCGCAGUGCCGAGGCGCGCGUCGUGCUGAGUCGCGAGCGCCCCUGCUCCGCGCGGGGGGCCCCAGCGCGGCCCAGCCUAGCCAUGACCCAGGAGAAGCAGCGACGAGUGGUGCGCAAGGCCUUCCGCAAGCUGGCCAAGCUCAACCGGCGGCGCCAGCAGCCGCCGUCGUCGCCCUGUUCGUCCACUUCGUCGUCCGCCGCCUCGUCCUGCUCGUCGUCGUCGCCGCGGGCCACCGAGAGCGCCUCGGUGGAGCGUAUGGAGACGCUAGUGCACCUGGUGCUCUCCCAGGACCACACCAUCCGUCAGCAGGUGCAGCGGCUUCGGGAGCUGGACCGCGAGAUCGACCGCUACGAGGCCAAGGUGCAUCUGGACCGCAUGCGGCGACAUGGAGUGAACUACGUGCAGGACACCUACUUGGUGGGUGCCGGGAUCGAACUCGACGGUUCCGGCCCGGGAGAGGAGCCGGAGCCGGAGCCCGAGCCGGCGGCAGCGACGACAACGACGCCGCCCCUGGACGGCGAGGCGAAGGCGGUCGCGCUGGAGGAGCUGGCCCGGCGCUGCGACGACCUGCUGCAGUUGCAGGAGCAGAGGGCCCAGCAGGAGGAGUUGCUCGAGCGCCUCUCGGCCGAAAUCCAGGAGGAGCUGAACCAGAGGUGGAUGCGGAGGCGCCAGGAGGAGCUCGCAGCGCGGGAGGAGCCCCCGGAGGCCGAGGGAGGCCUCGACGGUGAGCUGCUGCUGGAGCGCGAACGGGUCCGGACGCAGCUCAGCACCAGCCUCUACAUCGGGCUCCGGCUCAACACGGACCUGGAGGCCGUCAAGUCGGACUUGGAUUACAGCCAGCAGCAGUGGGACAGCAAGGAGCGCGAGCUCCAGGGCCUUCUCCAGACUUUGCACACGUUGGAGCUGACGGUAGCGCCCGAUGGGACUCCGGUGUCCAGUGGGCCCUCGCGGGACCCCGGGCCGCAGGCCUGCGCCGAGGUGUGGGUGGACCAGGCCCGCGGACUGGCCAAGAGCUGCCCUGGUAACGACGAGGACUCGGACACAGGGCUGAGCUCCAUGCACAGCCAGGAUUCGGACUCGGUGCCCGUGUGCGAAUCCCUUGUGUAGGAGGAGCAGGGUGGGAGGGGGAGACGGCCGCCGCUCCCUUCCUUGAAGAACUCCGGCGUGGCCGGCUCAGGGACUUGAAACCCGGUGGGGAGUGGGCCCGGAGCUUUUGCCGGCCAGCAGCCCUCUGACUGGGCAGGGGGAGGAUGGGGGACGCCGGAGUGAAAGUGGAGGGUAUUGCUGGACGAGGAAGCUGGGUCUCCAUUACAAGCUCUCUCAGGGGAAGGAAGGAGGAGGAGGUGAGAGCCCCCUUAUACUGGAAAACAAACGCCCCGGGAAAUUGACGUGGUCCGAGCCCAUUUUCAAAAAAAGGUAUUACGGCGAUUUCAUCAAUUUUUUUUGUAUGGGAAGGACUGAUGGCAGCUAGAACUUUAGUUUGUGGUAUAAAGUACUUUUUAAAGAAACACUUGGGUGAAAAGGAAAUUCCUUGAAUGUUAAUUGUGACUGUGAACGUGUUAAAACUAGCCAAAGAGGACGCACUGGUGUUGGCCUCAGCCUUACAUCUUUGAUAAAAACCCAUAGGCACCCACA